AGGCCUCCAGCUGCAAUCCCUGAUAAUGAAUUCAAGUAUGGACCGUAUAGUUGUGAUUCAAAAAGCAGAGAUAAAAGACUGCAUAGGAAUUCGACGCCUUAUUCAAGAACUGGCAGACUACGAGAAAAUGCCCCAAGGUCCAAAGAUUUGCCAUAAAACUCUGGAGAAGCAUGGAUUCGGUGAACGAAUUUAUUACCGAUGUCUUGUGGCGGUGGACGAGUCAGCUGAAGCUGGAGGCGAGGGCCGUAGACUUGUAGGAUACGCCCUGUACCAUCUGAACUUCACGUGGCGGGGCCGCACUGUUUACAUGGAGGACUUGUACGUCAGUCCCGCGUUCAGGUCAAAGGGGAUCGGCACGAAACUCUGGAAAAGAUUGCUUAAGGACGCUAUGGAUGAAGGAGCCUGCCACUGCAUAUUUUCUGUCCUGGAUUGGAAUGUUCCUAGCCUGGACUUCUACAAGAGUAAAGGAGCUGAGGAUCUCACGGCCUCCAGAGGCUACCAAACCUUCAGAAUAGGGAAACACGCCAUUCAAAGCAUUGCCGCCUCAGACAUGCUAAACAGGGCCAUCGACGUUAGGCAAGCUUCGGGAGACUUGACUUCAAUCGUGGCCGCUUAUCGCGAGAUGGCUAACGAGCUCGGACGAGCUCACGAGCUGCAGAUAACGGAGUCAGAACUCUCAGCCGGCCUUACGAGCUCUCCGGCGUGGUGCGACCUGCUGUUGGCUACGUCUGCUACAGGAGAGCUCCUGGGCUUCCUGCUUUAUUGCUUGUCUUAUUCAACCUGGGAGGGCAUCCAGCUCUACGUCAAGGAUGUCUACGUUAAGCCCGUGCACAGGCGCAGCAAAAUAGCGUCGUCGCUUCUGCGAUCUCUCAUGCAGAGGGGCGAGGCACUGGGGUGCGGUCGCUGCGACAUGGUGGUGGCGGCAGGGCAGGAGGCGGCGCUCGAGUUCUUCAGGCAUCACCAGGCGGUGAACCUCAGCGAGGCGGAAGGCUGGGUCCACAUGAUGCUCGAGCGCCUCCACAUGGAGGCAGUCAUCUACUCAUGAAUUCACGUCGAGCGUAAUGGACAUAGUUUUGAAAAAUCAGUAAAAUUUUCUUUUGUAUCCACCAUUUAUGAAGUUUCUUAAUGUGGAAUUUGCAUGCAGUACUUGAAUGUUACAAUGCAUUUCAAUUGAUAUGCUUUUUUAGUUUGUAGUUAUAGUUGAGUUUUCCCAAUGUGUAUACUCAAUUAACUUUGAAUACUAUUUCUCACAUCAAAUGAAUAAUUCAUUAUGAUCCUUUCAAUCAAUUUGCAGUGCGAUGAUAUUAGGACUCAAUUUUCUUAAGUUGUAAAAUAAUACCGGUAAUUUCCAAAAAAGAGAAGGAGUUUUUCAGUGCAUUUUCAACUUUUGUCUAGUAUUAUAAUGCAUUCACUGAUUGAUCUGAACUGAACUUGAAAGUUGAGGAUGUCACUUAAGUUUGAAGAAGCUAAUGAGGAUAAGGAGUUACCUACAUAUGUUGAAAUUUCAUUACUGUUUAUUCCACAAAGCUAGAAGAAUACAAAAAAAGCAACAUUUUCACCGAGUGAACUCAUUUACGGGAAGUUCUUAGACAAUCUGCACAAUGCAUUAGAUGGUACAGCGUAUCGUGUGUCAGUUGUUCAUUCACUUUUAGUGUGCUGAGCUCCUUUUGUACGGCCUGGUUAAUUAAACUUAACCUGACAAUAGU